GUUUGUAGAGUGAAAAAUAAAUAUGAAUAUGUACCUGAAUUGAUGUUUUUAAUACUCCAUAUGGGGAUGAACAUAAAUAACUUGCACAGAAUAUCAAACAUAAACGGAACCCAAUCUAUCCUUUGACCAGUUUAUCAGUUCUCAUCUUUGAGAAAAGUUGCAGACGCAACAUGUCCCUAUCUAACUGGUCUUCAGCCGAUCUCUGUACUAACCAAAUAUAUGAUCAUGAUGUUUUCUUGAGCUUUCGGGGCUUCGACAGCCGAGAUUUCGCUAAUCGAUUGCAUUCUGCUCUUGUUGAAGUGGGUAUUAUUACUUUCUUAGACAGUAAAAGCUUACAGAAGGGUGAAUAUAUAUCCUCUUCUUUGGACCAAGGCAUUCGGUCAAGCAGAAUCUGUAUUCCAAUUUUCUCCAAAAAUUUUGCCGAUUCGAAAUGGUGCCUGAAGGAAGUAGGGUCUAUGGAAAAGUAUGGAAAAAGAAUCAUACCUCUGUUUUACAAAGUUGCUUCUUCAGACGUUCGUAACCCGGAUGGAGGCAUAUAUGCAAAAUAUUUCGAGAAACAUGAAAGUAAGAAAGCAUUCAGCCCUGAAGAAAUCACUGAAUUGAAAAGUGCAUUACAGCGUGUUGGCGGUCUCCCUGGCUGGUCACACGAUCAAAUUUCCGAGGAGGAAAUUUUGAUCAAAGAAGUUUUGGAGAAAAUUGUGAACAUCUUACUUUCAGAGAAGGGAUGUCUGGACAUUCCAAAAUGCUUUGGUUUAGACUGGCAAGUGGAACACCUCUUGAGAUCACUUAACAGAGCAGAUCGUCAGAAGGAGGUUGUGAAAGUGGGUAUACAUGGGAUGGGCGGGAUGGGCAAAACAACCCUCGCCAAGGUUGUUUACAAUCAACUCCUGUACUCUCGGUUUGGAUUGCAUUAUUUUGUACUGCGUGUUGGUGAAAGAUGUGAAGAAAAAAAUGUGCUUGGAAAGAUGCAGACCCAGAUGCUCGAAGAUAUCUCACCAUUCAGAGACGAAAUAGAUCAUGUUGAUAGAGGUAAAGCUCUCUUGCAACACUUUCUCAAGGGUAAGAAAAUUCUCCUCCUGCUGGAUGAUAUUCAAAGUUCCGAGCAGCUAGAAGCUCUGGGGGGGAAUUUCACUGACUUAGGGGAAGGUAGUUGUUUGCUUAUUACAACGCAGAAUCAACAAAUUCUAAAAUUGGCCAAAGUUGACGAAACUCACGAGGUGAGGGGGCUUCCUGAAGAACAUGCCAUGGAGUUAUUCAAAUUCCAUGCGUUGCCUAACCCCUGUUGUCUAGAUCGAGAGUUACAAACCCUAGUCAACACUAUAGUUAGUGCCUGUGAAGGCCUUCCUCUUGCCCUCCAACUUCUUGGGAAAACCCUGGCUGGUGUGGCCGAUAGAAAUGUUUGGAAAGGCAUGGCAGACAAGUUAAAGUGUGAGCCCAAUAUGCAAAAGAUACUUAGAGCCUCCUACGAUACCCUUGAUCCCUUUGAGAAGGAAAUGUUUCUGGAUACUGCUUGUUUUCUUACAGGGACAGACAAAGAAAUUGCUACGAUCUUUUGGGCAGAACUGUAUCGGAGUUGUCACGCUUCUCUCAGAAAUCUCUUGCAAAAGUCCUUGGUAAACUUGGGCCCUGGUAAUGAAUUGUUGAUCCAUGGCUGCCUCAAAGACUUGGCAAGAAAUUUGGCAAAUGAAAUGAAUUCCCAGCCCCGCAAACGAACAAGACUAUUCGAUCAGGACGCAGUGCAGGAUGUUUUACAUCGACCCUUGGACAAGGCCAAGAAGGUGUGUUAUCUUUGCUACGAGCCCAAGGAGAGGAAGACAAUGGAGGCAGACAUGUUCAUCCAACUGUACAACUUGAGACUGCUCUGGCUUUCAGAUGUUGUGAUAAAGGGACACUUUCCUGAGGCAUACUUUGACGAAUUGAGAUGGCUAAGAUUGACGAGAUAUUCAUCAAGACGGCUACCUCCGGGAAUGAACCUCAACAAGCUUGUUAUUCUGGAGGUGAUUGAUAGCCAGAUAACUCAUCUCUGCGACGAAAAAGCAGAAGAACACCCAAACAUACAACUUGGAAAACUUAAAGUGCUUAUUUUGAGUGGGUGCGUGUCCCUAGAGGAACUUCCUGCUACUCUAAUCUAUACCCAGUUGCAGAUCCUGGACUUGCAUAAUUGUCAUUCACUCAGAAGCCUGCCCGAUACGGUGGGAAGCUUCCGUAGCUUAGUUUCUCUCAACAUGAAAGGCUCUGGUGUUUCUUGUUUGCAUGAGGAUUUCGGUAUGCUUUCAAGUCUGCAGGAAUUGGAUCUGUCUUGGUGUAAGAAUUUGCGCAAUCUUCCAGCUAAUUUUGGCAAUCUGACUCGGUUGGAAAGAUUAGAAAUUCAUCACAAUCCUAAGCUUAGAGAGCUACCAGAUACCAUUGGCGGCCUAAAAGCUUUGGCGUAUCUGGAUGCCGGCUACUGCCAACUAUGUGAUGAUGGACUCCCAGACGGAACAUUCGAAUUGUCUUCAUUAAGAGUAAUACAUCUUGAGCAAAACGGAUUUUGCAGUCUCCCGAGCGGCUUAGAAAAGUUAAGUGCACUUUGGGAGCUGCAUUUGGAUGGGUGCAGCAAGCUUUCCAACUUGCCAGCGGUCCCGUCAUCUUUGGAGAUGCUGUACGCCCGCGACUGCGCUCGUCUGGACAAUUUACCCUGCUUGUCCGGAUUGACGAGUCUCAUUCGAUUAGAUGUCAGCAAAUCACGUCAUCUGAUGACGCUAGCAGGGUUAGAUUCUUUGCAGGGAUUAACCACGUUAAGGUUAAUGGGGUGUCAGGAUAUGUCCACCGACACACUGGGAAACUGUUUCCAGGGUCUCAAAUCUUUGGAGAGUGUUUUCUUUGGCGGGUUUGGCGUCUCCAGAGUGCAACUCCAAUCUUUCUAUGAUUCCCUCCAGUAUUUGCAGGCCAUCUCUUUCCAAACCCAAUGUCUAAUUUCAAGUCAAGUGAUCAAACCAACCUGGCAUCAUGCCGAAGCAAAUGGACAGAACGGGGAGAAAGACAAUUGUCUUGAAUUAUGUGCAGAUCAGAAUGAGAUUAAUUAUUGUGCAGGAUAUAUUGUCUGUUGCCUUUCCCUGGGCCAAGUCUUUAAUCAGGAAGGUACGAACAGACUGUGCUGCAGAAUUGACAGGAAGCACAAUUUAGGGCCACGCAAAGUGAUCCAUCCAGACAUAGGUUAUGGAGGGGAAGAUGUGUUGGAAAUACGCGUUGUUCGAGUAGAGAGUAAUUUAAACUUCAAAUGGCUGAGAAUGGGAGAUAGACUGACCGUGAAUGCAUGUUCUGAUCAUCAGCAAUGGAAGGCAUGUUUCAAAUUUUUGAUGUAUGAAGAAGCUGAUGCAACUUAUCCUCCUGCAGAAGAAGAAUGGAUCCCUACUAAAAUAACAUUUGGUGUGUGAAACAAUUCUGUUUAAAUGAGCUAUAUAAUGUUUGAUACCCUUAAUGGAAGGGAACUCUGCUUUAAAUGUAUAUUAUGUUUGUUUGAAGGCCAAAGUCAAAAGAAUGUAUUGAUUACAUAAAUAUAUAAUUUUUCUUACAAUAAAAAUAAUCAACACUUGACCACUU